AUACAAUGAGAAUUGAGCAUGCUGGACAGAUAUAUUAAUAAUGAAAAGCCAAGUCAGAGAAAUUGCUGGUCAACACAUAAAAAGCAAUAAAUACGCCCAGACAGCACUGGAUGCAGAGCUUGUGAAUGAUCAGAAAUUGCUACUAAGAAUCCUAUAGAGGACUGACUUCAGCAGAGACAAUUUGGAAUGGAGAGCAGAGAUACAGCAAGAUACUUAGUGUUGCCACAGCAGCCUACAACUAAUGUGGAGAGAGAGGUACAAGUCAUAAUGGAAAUCAACCAAGCUAUGACUCCAACAGAAGAAACCAUCAUUACAUCAUCUACUAGAGAAGAGCUGCUUGAACACAUUAAAAAUUUACAAAAUGAAAUAACAGAAAUAGUGGCAGACAUAGACGAUUUUGAACGUCUGGAAAUAAGUCGUAAAACACAGAGGGAGAAUGAAUUGCUCAGUGCCAGCAGGAAAUUUAACAUGGAUCCAGAGAAGGGAAUUCAGUUGCUAAUCAACAGAAAGUUCCUGGAACAAAAUGCAGAACAGAUUGCUGGCUUCCUAUACAAUGGUGCCGGACUUAGUAAGGCUGCCAUUGGGGAGUACCUUGGUCAAAGGGAAUCUCUAAAUAUUCAGGUUUUACAGGCAUUUGUGAGAUGCCAUGACCUUAACAAACUCGGACUAGUGGAGGCUCUGAGAAGGUUCCUGGGUAGUUUUCGGCUGCCCGGAGAGGCUCAGAAAAUUGAUCGAAUAAUGGAGACAUUCUCAACUCAUUACUGCCAGUGUAACCCGGAGACCUUCAAGUCUACAGACAGCUGUUAUAUUGUCUGCUUCUCGCUGAUCAUCUUAAAUACGAGCCUAUACAACCCAAGUGUUAAGGAAAAGCCGGACAUGCAACAAUUCGUCUCUAUACACAAAGGGGUACACCCAGGUGGUGAUCUACCUACAGAAUUGCUGGCCGAAAUGUAUGAGAGUCUGAAAAAAGAACCGUUUCAGCUACCUGAAGACGAAAAUGCCUGGGAGCUCACACUCGCCUUUCAGAAGCCACAGAGAGAGGGUUGGCUUCUAAAAAUGGGAGGUGGCCGUGUGAAGACUUGGAAAAAGCGAUGGUUCAUUCUCAAAGAUAAUUGUCUAUACUAUUUUGAAUAUACAACGGACAAAGAUCCACUUGGAAUAAUUCCUCUGGAAAACCUGUGUGUUGAAUUAGUUGAAGAUCCGAAAAAGCCGCACUGCUUUGACCUACAUGCAAGAGGACAGACCGUUAAAGCUUGUAAGACACAGGCAGAUGGGAAGAAAGUUCAAGGAAACCACCAAUCAUAUCGCUUGUCUGCCACCACUGAUGAAGAAAGGGAGAUCUGGGUACAGAGCCUCAAAUCCAGCAUUUCUUGGAACCCUUUCUAUGACCAGGUCUCUAUACAGAAGAAAAUAUCAUCAAUCAAGAAGGACCAUUGAAUAAGCAGAUCAGCUGUAUGUAUUUCAAUGGAUUACAAAACCUGGACUGGAAAACUCUGAACUAUUCACAAGGAUUCAUAACCUAGAGAUCAGCCGUGGAUGCCAUGUUGUCUUUGUUGAAUACACUUUCAGGGUAAUGCUCUAGCACAGGGUGGUUGUGUAGCUC